GUAACUAAACGAAGUAGAGUAAGAAACGUAAAACAAAGCGUUUGCUUUCACUGUUCCGUGCAUUUCCGUUGAAAAUCGUAGGAAGACAAGCAAGAUGAAGAUGUUUGACAUGAAAUUGGUGAUUCUAUCGAUGCUAGUACUGUUGGUUGGAGUAUUGGCUAGACCGGAGAGCGAGGUGGAACCUCCGGCAGUGAGUCCAAGCGGACCAGCCUCGGAGGGAUCUGAAGUCGGAGGCAAUGUCGAGCCCAGUCCACCACCGGAAGAGACACCUGUAACAGAAGGAGGAGUAAGAAGGAAGAGGAGCAAUAGCGGAGGCUUAACCGAAAUGCUUGCGCUACUUCCCAACGAAGUGGAGGCACUAGGGCAAACUAUUCUUACAUUUAUAGAAAAGUUAUACGGUGAUGUUCAGUCGAAUCCAGUGGAUUUAAUACUCGGCACUCUGCAGGACCUUAAAGAUAACCCACUUAACGACAUACUAACAAAUAUACCGAUAAUUGGGAAUGUCGUGGAACUACUCGAAGGCCUAUUACAGGUCCCCGCUGAUAUACUCGCAAAUGUAUUAAAGGUGGUGGUUUCACUCGUUCAAUCCCUACUCGGAGGUAUACUAGGUAUCACGCCUUCCUCGUCAACCGAGUCAAGUAUGACAACGUUUUCUAGCUAGGCCGUCGUGUGCUCCUAUUAACAUGGCCGAACGCGAUUAAUUAUACGCGUCGCAAUGACGCACGUAUUUAAGCGAAAAAUAAAUGUAACUCGCUGGAA